AUGAAAUGCACUUCAUGCAAUCAACGAAAUGGAAAUACAAGAUGCGAAGGAUGUCAUAGUUUAUUUUGUUUAUCAUGUAUGAAUAGACAUCAUGAUGAACUUGUACAACAAUUUCAGCUGUUAACGGAUAUGAGAAAUGAAUUAAAAGAAUCAAUUGACAUUGCAGAAACAAAAUCAAAACAUGAAAAUAAAUUACCUUGUUUUAAUGAAGUUAAUGAAUGGGAACAAGAAAUGAUUAAGCAUAUUCAAGCGAUUGCCAAUAGAACUCGAGAAAAUCUUUGUGAGAUUAUGGUGAAAAAUAUAGUACAAAUUCGUGAUCAGUUUGAACAGCUUUCUACUACUAUGCAACAACAACAAAAAGAAGAGAAUUAUUUAGAAAAUGAACUUGAAAAAGUUAAACUACAAUUAUGUCAAUUAAAAGAAGCUAUUUCACAUAUAAAUGAAAAAGUUCAUGUGAAAACAUCAAAUAAUAUCGAUUGGGAUAGAUUAAUUCAUGUAAUAAACAAUGAAAAUAGCAUACAACAAAAUAACUUUCAUACUGAUCAAGAAAAACAAUCAAGCUUUCGUCCAGUAAAUCCUUUAUCCUUCACAUUGAAUGACUCUGAAUCUUUUUCGCCUAUCUGGUAUCCGGAUUUGUCACAAAAUACUUCUACAAAUUUCGAGAGAUACACACCAUUAAUUCAGAAUAUUGUACCACCUGAUAGCAUUGAUGCUAUGAUUCCAAACCUAGAUCAACCUUCCUCGUGGACAACAGUAGCCAGAAAUAGACAAAGUACUCCAUAA